GUGUCAACGUGGUGUCAACAGUAACAUGUGCAUGACGCAUACUCGCUAUAAAAGCCGGGGGGAGGGGAAUUUAAACUUCGGCAAAACUUUAAAAGAGAGAAACAUAAAGACUUAAAGUUGUUGGUUUCAACUAUAUAUACUUUGUACUGUUAAUGCGGUGUUUUUCGCUUUCCUUUUGUGUGAAACAAUAACAGACGCUCCCUGCAUGCAGGAGACCGCUCACAGGCUGGAGGUUUGAGCUAAACUGCGCGGAAACAGUUGAUUUAUACAUCAUUUAACUUCAUUUUAAAGCUACAACAUGAAUGAAAAAUGCCGUAUGUUACGAACAUGUAUGGAAAAGUCCCAGCGGAUGAUUCACAACCAUUAAUACCGGAGCAGUUGAGUUGAUAACCGGUGAUAGCUGAUGAACUUCCUCAUUGAGUCAGCCGCUAGUCAGCAGCAGCAGCAGUCAGUCAGUCUGGAGCCAACACGGCAACAUGUCGUCGCUUAAAGACUCACUGGAGUCCGGACUGGACUUCAUUGAGUUCCUGGGGGACAGAGUGUCCACCACCAGCAAGAAAGAACUCCGGGACAUCUACAACUCUGAGUUUAAGCGCAGAGAAGGAAUAAAAGACCCCACCUUUCACUCUGUCCUCCAUACUCUGCUGAGGUUCAACAAAGCCCACAUAAAACAGGGGAAAAUCUACAUAGAUGCCAAGCCUCAGGUUCGAGUGUACUGUGACCAGUGGAGGAAGCCCCGGGCCCCUCAGGCGCCACACAGUCCUGGUUCUGGCCCUCAGAAGACGGCUGGGACACCUUCACCCUCCCCUGUGACCCCCUUGACCCCUGUGACCCCUGUGCUGACCCCCAAGAAGAAGCUGGCCACGGAAGUCCUUCGCAAGUUGAAGGCGAACAGGAAAGAGUUGACAGCCAACAAGGGGGGCAUUGAGAUCACCUCAGACCCCACGCAGAGCCGUGGAAAGGUUCAGAUCAUCGUGGAACGCCUGAGGGAGGCGUUCAUCCUCAGGUUCCACAUCGCAAACAAGGGCCCAAACUGCAUCCACUUCACCUUCUACACCGCCCUGCACAAGAUCCGCUGUUUCACUCUGGAGGAUGAGAGGAGGGUGACCAGAGUUUGUCCGCUGUUCCUCUGUCCUGGAGAGAGCUAUGAGGUUGUGGUUCGAUACACGCUCAACCACUAUGGAUAUUUCCCCGCCACAAUGUACUUUGAGUUCUGCCCGGAUCUGCCAGGAUCCGCACCCUUUUGCAUUGUGAGGGAGAUGGAAGCGGUAGCCAGGACCCCGCUGGCUGUGGAGCUGGGGCCCAUUGCUCCGUACAAACCAUAUAAGGUGGCCUCAUACAGGCCUGUUGGCACCGUGGUAGUGGAGGGAGUACCUCCUGAGAGCUCUGCCCAGCCUCUAAAGUUGACGGUGAAAUUAGGAGACUAUAAGUACCCUCUUUACCUAAAGGCACUGGCUAAACAAGGGAUGGAGGACACGGAGUACCUCUCUCCAGAUGCCCGGCAGAAACUGCCAUCAGUGAAGGGUCUCCUCAACUCUGCCUUAAAGAUGAAGACGUACGCUCAUCGAUUUCACCUCCUGCUGCACCUGGAAGAGAUCCAGAUGGAGUUUGACAUCAAGAAGUACGACCUCAGCAAGCAAACCAUGACUCUGGACCAAAAGAACAAAAAACUGCUCACACUCAGAGUUCCUGGUGUUGCUGAGAAUCGUCCAUCUGUAUUACGAGGAGAUUGUCUGAGGGUGUCCAAAUCUGGAGACGUGAUCGAGCCGAUCACUUGGUACAUCGGAUAUGUUCACAGAGUGGAGCUGGAGAGCGUGAAGCUGGGCUUCUCGAAGAGGUUGCUGCAGUUUUUUAUCAGCAAUAUGAAGUUCGACGUGGAGUUUACUAUCAACCGGUACUCCUUGAAGCUGCAGCAUCGGGCGGUGGACUUGGCAGCAAAACAUCAGCUCGAAGAAGUGCUGUUCCCGUCCGGUGCAGCGGCUGCUAAUCUCUCCAUGCCGAAGCUCAGGAUGUUCAACUGUCAGCUGGAGAACAACCCAGAGCAACAUGCUGCGGUCCAGCGCAUCGUAGCCGGAUCAUCGAAGCCCGCUCCUCAUCUUGUGUUUGGGCCUCCUGGAACUGGAAAGACAAUCACUCUUGUUGAAGCUAUGCAUCAGGUCAACAGGGCGGACAAGUCGGCCCGCAUCCUCACCUGUGCUCCUUCAAACAGUGCAUGUGACCUCCUCUGUGAGAGACUGAUGGCACACUUGGAUCCUCAUCAGAUUUUCCGUAUGUACGCCAGCAGCCGAGACCCGAGAAGUGUCCCCAAGAACCUGCUGAAAUACUGUAACUGGGACCAGGCACAAGAUCGUUUUGUGUUUCCAGAGAAAGAAAUUCUGGUGAAAUACACCAUCGUAGUUACAACUAUGGUCACAGCCGGCAGACUGGUAUCUGGAGGAAUCCCAGUCGGCCAUUUUACCCAUGUCUUUGUGGAUGAAGGAGGCCAGGCAGUGGAGCCAGAGUGUGUCAUAGCCAUUGCAGGUCUGCUCAGUGCAGAGAAGGGUCAGUUGGUGCUGGCAGGAGAUCCCAAGCAGCUGGGGCCGAUCCUUCGAUCCCCUAUUGCACUGCAGCAUGGACUCGGGCUUUCUCUGCUUGAGAGACUGAUGAAAGAGAACACUCUAUAUCAGAAAAGUACAGACUCUGGGCACUUCGACACCCGCUUUGUCACCAAACUGCUGCGAAACUACAGGUCUCAUGCUGCCAUCCUGAAAGUCCCCAAUGAGCUGUUCUAUGAGAACGAACUGCAGGUGUUUGCUGACCAGUGGGAGCGGGACACCUACUGCAACUGGGAACAUCUUCCCAAAAAGGGUUUCCCGCUGAUCUUCCACGGAGUGAUGGGGAAAGAUGAGAGAGAGGCCAACAGUCCCUCUUUCUUCAACGUGUCUGAGAUUGAAGUUCUGGUCAACUACCUCACCAAGUUGAUGGAAACACAAGGGAAGGAGGGUCUCCCUAAACUCUCUGCCAAAGACAUCGGCAUAAUUGCCCCCUACAGGAAACAAGUCGAGAAAAUCCAAAAGGCACUGAAGUUGGUCUCAGCUCUGAAGCGAUUGGGUGAUCUCAAAGAGCUCAAGGUGGGGUCUGUGGAGGAGUUUCAGGGACAAGAGAGGAAGAUCAUCAUGGUCUCUACCGUUCGCAGCAGCAUCAACUAUGUCAGGAUGGACAAAGACUUCAACAUUGGAUUCCUGUCAAAUGAAAAGAGAUUCAACGUGGCCCUGACCAGAGCCAGGUCCCUGUUGAUCGUUGUGGGAAACCCUGUGAUCCUCAACAAGGACCCCACCUGGGAGAAGUUCAUCAGCUACUGUGUGGAGGAGAAGGGUUACACCGGAUUUGACUUUGAAGACGCAGAAGGAGAGGACGAUAUUGUGUCAAGACUGGCAACCCUGAAAAUCAACGUGGAUUCUGACAAUCCUGCAGAAGAGGCGAGUGCCCUCCAGCAGUAUGUGGACCCUGAGUGGAAACAUGAGCAUUAACAUCUCCCUGAGACAACCAACAUGAAUAUAGAACCAUUUGCAGUGACAUCCUUAAAAGAUUAUUACAUGUAAGUGCUUAAAGAUGCGUAGCAAGUUUAAUUUUUCCUCUCUAUGAGGUUUAAACACAAUAUUGACAUCUGUUGUUUAAAGCUGCAGUUGGUAACUUUGAGUAAAUAUGAUAUGAAAAUUGCAUGACACAGGUAAUAUGAAAAAGAAAAUUAUGUGCCUCUGUGUCCUCCGGUGUCGUCUGGU